AACGGAAGCCUUCAGUUGCCAAAGAGGCUUUGUAAAAGCGAAAACCUUUUCCGCGAUAGAAGGCAUCACUCCCUGAGCUUAAUUUUCGUUCGCCAGUCGUCUUCAAAGUCGUGGCCCGUGAUAGUCGAAUACAUAUUAUAAAACGGACAUAUAACAAUGGUUGUGGAAACGGAAAGAGUAUAUACAUAUUAGCAUCUGAAGAUUAUUUCAGUAAGCUUAUGAAGCGGAAGAAGGAUGUUCGAAGUUCGGGAAUAACGCAGACCAAGUCUUUGAAUGUCCUGUUUUCGGCGAAUUCCCACGGAAUUCAGUUUUCAAUGUGCGGCGUUAGAUUUUGCAAAGCCUUUGCCAAGCAGGAUUCGCCAUUGGAAGCAUAAACAGAAUGAACAAUGUGUGGUACGCGUUCUAUAGACGACACGGAUACUUUCGUUCGGAUUAAGUUCUCUGAAUGACGGAUGGAUCAUCGUACUGUGCGGCUCGUAUUCAUUGCUUCCAAUGCAAUGGUCCUAGUUUGAUGGUGAAGUGUUGUAUGAAUAGAAAAUUACGCUCGAUAUCUACAAAUAAUAUCCACCAAACCGUGAAAUGGUCAAUAUUUGGUUGCCGAUUAUGAUUAUUGGAUGCUUUUGGAACUUUCGACGUUCAGAUUCGUUAAUAUCAUGCCCAACCGAGUGCAUAUGUCUCUCGCAGACACAGGUUCUUUGUAAUACAGGCGGCCUGAAUCAAAUACCACUGCAGAGUCUUCCUUCUACUGUCGAGAAUCUUGCCCUCACCAAAAAUAACUUUCCCAUCAUCAAAUCGGAUUCGUUUGCAGGUCUUCGAGCGCUAAAGAAGCUAUCGUUGGACGGCAAUAACAUUACGAAAAUCAAACAAUUUGCAUUUCGAGGUUUGCCCCGCUUACGUGAGCUCUCCAUCCAGUACACACCACUACGAACAAUAUCGCAAUUUGCUUUCGCCGGCCUCCAGAAUAUUUCGACAAUCCUUUUGAGUCAUAAUCAAAUCGCUCGCAUAGAGUGCAAUGCAUUUGCAGGAACGUCGAAUGUGAAAUUGAUUCUACUAUCCAAUAACCCCAUGGUCAAAUUGGAGGCGUCAGCAUUUUCAGGGUUAACCAACGUUGGACACUUGAUCCUGCCGUCUGGCAUCCGUGAAAUAGAACAAGAUGCAUUCUAUGGUAUGGAUACCGUUGGACUCUUGAAACUUGCCUACAUGGAUUUGAAGGAGUUACAGCCGUACACUUUCAGAGGAUUAACCAAUGUGUUAAUUCUCACACUACAGGAGUCGGAUUUGGGAACGAUCUGUGCAAAUGCUUUCUCAGGAAUGUACCAAGUCGACACUUUGCAAAUACUAAACAAUAAAAUCGAUGCCAUAGAAGAGCUCAAUUUUACGUAUACAAAUCAAGUGAAGAAGCUAAAGUUCACUGGAAACCACUUAUUAGAAACCCCCGAUCCAAAUGCAAUCCUUUUGGAUGGAGUCGAGAAUUUAUCAGUCAUCAACAAUCACUUUCCCUGUGGAUGCCACAUCCAUACGUUGUUAGACUCCGCAUUGGCAAAUGGAACCUACCACCAAAGUCAUUUUCUUUCAAAAAAUUUCUGCAUAUCUCCGCUAGAAGUUAAUGGUCGACCAAUGAGUGAUUUAGAUUUAUUUUCAAUUGGGAGAUGCCAGGAGCAAGUCACUCGUGAGAAUUUAGAGGCAUCGCGGACGUCCCGCCUAGGGUUUAGAGCGUCUAUUUAUCUUCAAAUUCUAGUCGGCGUUCAUGUUGCUCUCAUCAUAUGUUUGCUGAGCUGUCGAGCUUACAACCUAGAUAUGAAAUUUAGAUGAACAUCGUUGUAAAAGCCUUUUCGAGUCAGCGUGCACUAUGUAUCGAAGCAGCAACUGGACAAGCGGGUGGCCAAUGGCUGCACACGGUAUGUUCAGGCAAAUUCGAAGCGGACUUCGGAUACUUGGGUUGCACGUCAGUUUUCAACGAAAAGUAGCGCACGUCCUAGAGCUAUUUUUACUCAAAAUGCAACAGCGUUGCUGAGAAUACAUAUACUAGACAAGCAAAAUACAGAUUGAAUUGAAGUGGACAGAGUGGAGAUAGGUCGCUUCAGAGGCGAACAUUGAAAAGGGUCUGAAAAGAAAUGAUUUACGAAACAAUGGAGCGGAGAACAUAUCACUAAUAUACUCAACAGCAGCCUCUAGUUACGGAAAUAUAUGGCUAAUUUGCCUAAUAUUUAGGCUGUAAUCGGAAAGCACUUUCAUUUCUAACGAUUUGAACUAAACAUCCAUUAAGAAAAUUUGCAGAAAUUGUAUUUCGUUUAUUGGUGCAUAUAAAUCCAAAUUAAUGCUCAAUUGCAGUACGUUUUAGACAUCUACCUUCAUGAACUGGAA